AUGAUUGGUCUAGGCCACGAACUUUCACCAACAGAGCACGAAGCUCUCGGCCUCAAGCGUGCUUCGUCGUGGACUGAGAGCAAGCCACGUUACAUUUGGCCAAAGCCGUGCUACCAGUGCAAAGACAAGGGACGCAAUUGUGUCGUCCAACCACUCACCGCUGGAUCCAAGAAGGGCCUGUACCUCAUCGAGAAGCGCUGUGAAGGCUGUGGAUCCAAAGGUGGUGCCCGCAAAGCUUGUGGCACGACCAGCGGCACCAGCGGUGAGCGCCAGUAUCGCUGGCUUAGAACGGGAGUUUUUGUCUUGGAGGAGGUUCCUCGUCGAGAGCGUGGCGGCAAGAAGCUGGACAAUCCGAGAACUGAGAAUGGCGAGCCGGGCUGGACUUUUGAGGACUCCAAACGCGCGCGCCAGAGCCAAGACAGCUGGGUGAACCGCAGCGGCUCUCUAUCGCCGGAUCCCCGAUACCGCAGCAACUAUCAAGCAUCGCGCGACCGUGACUAUACGCCACGCAGGGGCCAUAGUGACAUCGACGAGUACCCCCACAAGGCAGCGCGUGAACGCUACUACCGAGACUCUCUCUCCAGGCCUCUGCGUCACGACGACGACGAGGAGCGUUCUGUUCGCCACGGCCGUGAACGCGAGUCGCUCCAUGACGACUACGAGCGCCCUGCUCGCCACCGCUAUAAACGCGAGUUGGUCUCUGACCAGAGCAAUGCCUCUCAUGAAAUUGUGACUGGGGCCGCGACUCGUUCUUCUUGCGACAGCCGAGUGCCCGAGAGGCGCCAUGAAGAAGACCAUGCCGCUGAGGAGCUAGUGCCGACGGCCACGAACCUUCCUUCAACGAACUACUACCACGCUCAUCUUGACCCGCGGGUCAACCGUAAUCUCCAUCGACGUUCCAGUGUGGUCGAGGCUCAGAGCAAGCCCAGGGCCCUCGCAGUCCCACUGGAUACCGACAACGCUGAACCUCGAGCCACUACCUCCACAUCGCAGCCCUUCUUCAUCGCCGACAUCGCGGACCGGGCGAGGUCGGAAACCAUGAAGGGCCCUGUGGCCAGCUCGUGA